CAGGAUACAAGAAAGCUCGGUUUGGCGUAUUGUACCUGAAAACUGUGAUAUAUCUAUAAUUAAGUAAAGGAGUCGUUAUCGCAGAGGAUGAAAUUCCCGCGAUAGGCAGAAUGAUGGAGCGUGACUACUUGUAUAGUGAUCGAGGGGCGUGGUGGGGGGGAGAAAGAGCGUUUAUUUUAAUCGCCUAUGUUGUUACGUGACAGUGAAAUGGUCGCUUGGAGGGGAUAGACUCCUACCUAGAACGAUAUAGGUGACUUUUCGAGGAGUGGGAGUUACAGGCUCACGUGUUUUCAAACGUGCUACGAGAUGAGGUCCAGUUCGUACUUGCGAAGAUUGUGAACGACACGAUUUCGGUCUCUACUAGCGUAACCAUCGCGGGAUCUCGUCUCGCGAGUGUUUUAUAUCAAAUUCGUAUUAUAGAUCGACGAUACUAAAUGAAAAGUUUUUUUCAAGUUAAUCGAAUAAUCUCACUUCUCGUUUAUUUUAUUCGUUUAAUAAAAAUAUCACGAAGUGCUUUGAUCUUUCAAUAAAAAAAAAAAAAAAAAAAAAUUGAACAUCCUCGCGCGAACUAUAAUAUUUUUUUACAUUUUCUUUUUGCCGCUCUUACGUAUAGGACAAUCAUACCGUUUCUUUUCUUCUGUUUUUUUUUCUUUUUUCUCUUUUUCCUUUCUAUUUUCGAUUCCUUUCGUAUUCAUUUUAUAUCCAUCGUUCGAAGUGCGAAUUAUGAAACAAACGAGCAUUCUUACCACAUUAGUGGUGUGAUUCAACGCUUACAGAGAACGAAGAGAAAAAGAAAGAGAGACAGAGUCCUUCCUUAAUAAGAAUUUUACGAUUCAAAGAAGACGAGAUGGAAGAAACAUCUGCCGAAAAUGCAAAAGUUUCGGACUCUGGUUAUUCAAACACCUGCAGCAACAGCCAGUCGCAACGAAGUAGUGGCAGUUCAAUAUCCAGGAACAGCAAUCGUUCGGAAAGUAGUGGCUAUUGCGGUAGACGUCCUUCGACCUUUGGCUCGAGCAAUGAGGCACUACCACAACCGAUCAGCAAAAGAAAGGAUAAAGAAUACAAGAAGAAGAAAUCAAAAACGUCUUUGGCCGUUAAUGCCGAGGCAGAAAUUACUCUGAGAAGUAUCGGAACACCGCCGGAUAAUGCGUCCUAUAAUCUUGUCACCUCAACGAAGCCAAUACUUGAGAAACAAACAGAAAUAGCAACUGUAGAAUUGGUGGAUGCAACGGAUCCAGGCGAACACAACGGCGAUAUUCUGACAGACAGUCCGGAAGCAGGACUUGCUUCUCGGACGAAUCUUCUGGAUGAUACAAGUUCACAAGCAAAUGAUGGAUUUUGCGCGGUGAUAUCAAUGCAUGACGGCCUCGUGCUGUACACAACACCCUCGAUAUGCACAGCUUUAGGGUACCCCAAGGACACAUGGAUUGGUCGUUCCUUCAUCGAUUAUGUACAUCCUAAAGAUAAGGCUACAUUAGCUGAUCAGAUAACGAGCGGCAUAACAUCGCCUCAAGAAGAUCGUCCAAAAGGAAUUAAUGGAAGAAGAGCAAGUUUGUUUUGUGGAUUACGUAAGAAUGUCAAGAUUGAUAACAAUACCUCGAACAAGGAUCAGGAAAACGCAAGAUCGAAUCUUUACCUUCCAUUUCAUUUGACACUGACCUUCCGAGAUUUUCGUGAUCGAGCUGUCGAGCAACAACCAAGAGCAAUGUUUCUAGUCGUUACUGCCCAACCUGUGCACUCAGCGUACAAAGCGCCAGAAGAAACAAUAAUAUCUUCGAUAUUUACAACUCGGCAUACUGCUACUUGCCAUUUAUCUCAUGUCGAUCCUGAUGUUGUCCAAUACUUGGGCUAUUUGCCUCAGGACAUGGUUGAACGUUCACUGUUUGAUUUUUAUCAUCCCGAGGAUCUGCCCUUCAUCAAAGACAUCUAUGAAACUGUAAUCAAGUUGGAAGGAUCCUCCUUCCGAUCGAAACCCUACAGAUUCGCUGCCCAAAAUAAAAGCUACGUCGUCCUUGAAACUGAAUGGUCGUCGUUUAUCAAUCCCUGGACGAAAAAACUAGAAUUUGUCGUAGGUCAGCAUAGAGUAUUGAAGGGACCUAUGGAUCCUGAUAUUUUUCGAGUACCACCUAAAAACGAAUUCGCGUCUCUGGCUAAUAUCAGCGAAGAGGUACUGAAAGAAUCCAAGAUCAUACAGAACGAGAUACGUACUCUUCUAGAUGAGAGCAUCCAAAGGACAUCAGAUAUUACCGAGCACGAUGUCUCGGAAAGGUGUAAGGACCUUGCGUCCUUCAUGGAAAAUUUACUACAAGAAGUGAGGACACCGGCUCUUGGCAAGGAUACUCUAGCCGCGGACGACAGAAGUUUUUCGGGAUCACGCAAUCCCUUGUUACAGGAGCACGACAGCGUAAUGCUUGGUGAGAUAUCGCCUCAUCACGAAUACUACGACAGUAAAUCAUCUACGGAAACACCACCCAGUUACAAUCAGCUUAACUACAAUGAAAACAUCGAGAGAUUUUUCAAGAGCAAACCACCGGUUGCAUUCAUGUAUGGUAGUGACGAGGAAAUGAUGAAUUCGAGCAACGACGAGGGCGAUAAAACUUGUCCUACCUCAACAGUGAGAAAAUGUAUGUCACCGAUAAAUGGAAGCGGUGCUAGUGGUAGUGUAAGCGCUGAAAAUCUUAGCAACGGUUCCAACAAUUUACUUAACUCUGUUAGCAGAGGUAAUACUUCAAAUACCACGAAUAGCAACACCACCACUACGACUGAGAGUUUCAAACAACCGACUCUAACCGAAUCACUUUUAAAUCGUCAUAACGCGGAUAUGGAGAAGAUGAUGAUGCAAAAGCAUCGAGAAUUACGAUCAAGUAUAAAGAAUAACGAUAAGUUAAAAGAUAUACGUAUAAAAACGUCGAUCGAAAAGAUGUCCGUGGAUCAAAAUAAUUAUUACGUCGGUCAAUGUCACGGUGUCAAGAGAAGUGGCAGUCAUAGCUGGGAAGGUGAUAGCUUCAAGGUUUCGAAACACGAUGAAGUUUCCAGGACGAGCACUGCCGGUCCAUUGCCAACGAAUGUUACUACUACUGUCACGAGUAUGAGCGUUGAUCAAACAUCCACGAUGUUUCAAACCAAUGGGAAUAUCAAUUUGUGGCCUCCUUUAUCUGUAACUGUACCAUCAGCAACUCCUAUUCUACCGUGUACUUCGCCUCAAAAUGCCAAUUGUCAGGCUGUACCAAGGAUUCCAAUGAUUCCAAUGAUUCCACAAAUGGUACCUGUAUAUUACAUGCCUGUACCACAACCGAUGGAUACUCCUAUAUCAACAGCAAAAUAUUCUCAACCACCGACAAACGUUGCCCCUCCAUCGUCAUCUUUGCCAAUGCCGCAAAAAAGUCCGUAUAGAAAAUCGGGAACUUAUAAGAGGAAUGUAGUGUUUGUUCCAGUACCGUAUGUUGCGACAGCAAUGCCCAACGUCAUGUAUCCUCCGGUGAUCGGUACUUCUGCUCCUGGAACGAUGAUGUAUCGACCUUUUUUGAUACCUGAACAAGCUCCUAUGCCACAAGAAAAUAAACCCACGAAUAAAUGUAUGGACAGAAAACGACCAGCUAGUCAAGCAACAAGCAUCAAGGCUGAACCAGGCAGCAUUAUGGCUAUGUCCGAAUCAUCGAAAAAAGUGUUAUCACCAGGUGAGCUCUUUUCUUCUUGCAUCAGUAACGACGGUGGUUGCUCCAGUGUUGUGGACUUACCAACACCAAUAAAUAACAAACAACAUAGGAAAAUUGAUUACAACGGUGACGAGUCUAGUUCUUCGAGUUUUUAUAGUAGUCUCCUGUCUAAAAGUAGUGAGAGUAGUUGCAAUCCUGAUCAAAAGACAGCUGAACAAAUUGCAAAGAACUCAAAACAACCAGCAAAAGCAAAACAUGCAAUACACAGGAAAGAUCCACCUUGGUUAGAAGGAGUUCAGUUAACACCAGAAUUGAUAUAUGAGUAUCAAAUUCAUCCAAAGACUUUAAAUGAAGUACUCAAAGCCGACAUGGACACUUUGAAGAAAAUUAACCAGCCGUUAUUAGUGAACGAACAGUUAGGCCAGCUUUAUUUUGAUUUGGAACUCGAAGGAUUUGGAACAAAAUUAAUACUCGAGGAUGGAAUAACUUCUAGCGAAAGUGAUAGUGGAAGCAGUAGUAGCAGUUGGAUGGGUCUUACAUCUCAGCAUAAACAAAGAAGAAAAAUGGUGAAGUAUGCUAGACUGAUGAUGAUUCAUGAGGAAAACGCACCUUGGCCGCCACCGUUACCUUCUUAGACAGUAUCCUGCCAGCAAACAUAGCAAUAUCAAUUUUUUGUGCAUUUCGAAUUCCGAAAAAAUUGAUUCU